AUGACUAUGCCGCGUGUACUUCUUCGAGCCUCCGCGUUGGUCCGGGCAACGUACGCGAAGGGCUCUCCACCGGCGGCGACGCGCUGCAGCAUCUCCGCCAUCGGCGGGGUCGGUCGCACGGCCCCCUCGGUCGAGGAGCGGCCGAGCAGAGGUCGCCUCUCGCUCUUCCAGUGUCCGAGCACGAAGUUCGCCACGUCUGCGAUGUUCGGGCCGAACCUGAACACUUGCGUGAGGUGCCUGCGCCGAAUCGUGUCACCCAUCGGGCAGAGCCUCUCUGCCGAUAAGGCAUCCGUCGCCCCAAGGAAGCCGUAG